AUGGCUCGUCCAGCCACCAUCAGUACAUACAGGGGUGUGGUUGUCGGGGCAUGCGAAAUGGCUCCAACGGUGAACAAGACUGACCCAAGCAAUGUCAAUCCAUUCAAAACAUGCUGGCGAUAUCUGGUGCUAUGCUGCAACAGCUUCAUGGUUUUUGGAGCCUUUUACUCUAUGCAAAUCCCAAUUGCCUUACAAAACGAGAUAAUGAAUACCAAGGACCUUGGCAUUGAAACAAACAACACGAAUGAACAUACCUACUGUACAGUAUGCCUAGGAUUAGGAGAGGUUCGCUAUAACCUGUUAUUCUCUGUCUCAAGAUGGACUUCAGCUGCUUUGUCUCUACCCUUCGGAUUCUUGACCGAUAGGCUUGGGAAUGGCCGUUCUGCGGUUUUAUUAAGUGUCCUUUCACUCCUAGGAUCAGUCCUGUUCAGCGUGGGAUCCAUGUUACAAGCCUCGGUUACAACUCCAAUGUAUAUAUUGAUGGUAAUAGGGAACGCCCUGAUAGCCUUAGUGGACGGACCUUUGCGUUUUGUGCAGACCAGAGUAGUCGCCCAUACUUUCCCAGACGACAUAUUUACCGCCCUGGCGUUCAGUGCAAUCGGUUUUCCCGGACAGGCCAUCAGCUUGUACGCCACGCCUAAUAUGUCAAGGAUUGCGGGUGUAAUUCCUGCUAUAUGGCUAGGCGCAUUACUUUGCGGAUGUGGAGUUGUAUUUGCAGUUAUCUUAGCAUUUCUUCUUCAACAACAAGCACCCGACAUUAUAAUGGACACCACAAGCAACAUUAGAAUGUCACUGAGCGAUUUCCGGGAACUGUCUGCGGUUUUUUGGCUGUAUGUACUUGGUGGCGGAUUAGUAUCUGCAUGUUGGAUUACUAAGCAGUCAAAUUUACCAGAUUAUUUGGAGGUACUGCACGGAUAUUCGAUGACGGAGGCGAGUUACAUAACUGGCAUAUCUACUGUCAUGUUUCUAUUGAGUCCCUGUUUGUGUUUCAUGCAGAAACUUAUCGAUUGCAACGGGAUCUUGAUCACGUUUUUUAUGGCCUGGAUGAUACCAUUCUAUGCGUUCCUUGGAUUUUGUCCGUCAGUCAACAUUUACAUAAUAGCCUUUGCAGAUGGAAUAGGCCUUUGUGCAAUAACAGUUCUGCUCCCGCAAAUACUUGUUGCUAUGUGUCCCGCAUCGUUUGUUGGAACGCUUACUGGGUUGAUGUACCUAUUGAGGAACACUAUCAUAGCCGUGACAUUUGUUGCCACAGGGUACAUAAUACAAGAUCACUCUGCGACAGACACAAAAGAAGCACUACGUAAUUAUAAACACUUUUUCCUGAUGUUGAUAAUAAUGUCAUCAACGGGAUUAAUUUUUGGAAUAAUGAUGAAUGUGCUGGAUAUCCGAAAGACCAGCGUCCUAAAUUCUAGAAUAGGCAAAUGGAAGCAAAGCAAUAUCGAAGCUAUAGGACUUUUGUCAAUGGUUCAACCGUCCAGCAACUAUUUCAGAAUGAAGUCUACAAAUGUCGACACAAUGACCAAUGACCCGCCUGCUGCAACCAGCGUAUGUAAUGAUGAUUUAUUGGGGAAGACGAAUUGA